AUGUGCCAGCAGAAGCGGUUACAUGCGCCAACACCGACUACUACGAAAGAGAAGUUCAAGCAUGCACCGACCAAGGAGAGACAAGAGGAGACAAACACUUGCAAGCGUUGGAAUUCGGCGAGCUUCCAUGCAAUAAGCACAACACCACCUGACAAUUGCGAGAAGUACGGAGGCUGGUCUGUACAUGUUACCGAAGAGGAAGGGUAUCUCUGUGAGCUAGACACCGGGGUCUUAAUGCCGGGUGGACCACUGGUGGUCGACGCACUGGGUGGUAAAGUGGAUACGGCUAGCUGUCGUGAGAGAACCUAUUAUUCGCGAGAGAAGAAGUGGUGUAGCGAUAAUGCAAUGCAUUGGACACUAUUGAUAAAGCGGAGUAGGAUGAGCGAGGCAAAAGAAGAAGAAGAAGUACUAUCAAGAACAUGA